AUGAGCUUGGAGGGUCUCGUGGACGGCGACGUCUCCUCGAUCGAAGCAGAUGAGGAAGGAGACGACGGCAAGCGCCACAGCGUCAAGAGGUCCUACGCGGCACUGGCUCUGUCAGCUUGCCUCGGCUAUGGAAGCAGCUAUGACCUUCUCCACUUUGCCUACGACCUCUCCCUCUGGUCCAGCUUAGGAGCCAAGAAGAAGACCAGCACAGACUACGAUGUGCCCAUGCGUGUUCUGAUGAAAGGGCACUCCUUUUCGCCCCUCUAUUGGAAAGCCGUCCAUUGGGCCUUGAUCGACUUGGUGAGGCAGAUGGGCUACCCGAAGAUCUUCUGGACAAUCUCGCCAUACGAAUUUUCGAUGCCAUAUGCCGACUGGAUCUUGGACGAGAUGGCGAAAGAGUUGCGAGGACGCCUAGAUCUCCCUGUUGCAGAAACACUGCACAUCACGCACGUCUUGCUGCAGGUGGUGCGGGGUCUUCUGGCGGGGCAGACGGGCAAACGUGGGCGCGACCCGUGGAUCCAGCACCUCCUGAGGGCGAAGGACGGGCACGACAAUGACCACGUGGUGCGCCUCUUCUUGCGCGUUGAAUUCCAAGACGGCACCCGCAAGGCCCCGACGCAAGACUACCACGGGUCUGGCCGCCCCCACAUCCAUGUGCUCGUCUUUGCUUCCGACGAUGCCCUGCUGGCCAUGUCCUUGGACAAGGCAUUGUCGGCCACAAUGCCGAGCAGCCGAGCUUCGGCGGAGGCAGAAGAAGCUCAGCAAGGAGCGCCAGCAGAUGUUCUCGCAGAGGCGGUGAGAGGAUCCCAGCUGGACCGAGGGGGUCGCAGCGGAUGGCCCGUGCAGCUCGAAGACAACCAUUGGGACGAGGAAGGCCGCCUGCGGCUUUUGCACACGGAAGAGGACAAAGAAGCGGGCUUGCGGCCGUAUUUCGUGGACAUCAUGGAAGCCUUGAG